CCAACAGCAGUCUUUAACGUAGCCCAGCCUGCUUUCUGUGCAUUCACAGCAGAGGCAGCACAGGAUACACAUUCACACACACACACACACACACUCAUAACCGCUCACACACUCAAUCAUAUCUCAAACUGGAGUCAGAGUGAGGAAACAGAAUGUCAGGGAAGGAAGCGCUGAAGCCAGUGGGAAAGCAGAAUUUACCUCAAGUCUGUGAAGCUCUUUUCUGACCCACUCUGAGAAGUCUGAGAGAGAAGUUCAGAUUCAGGCAAAUAUCUGAUGAUCUGAUUGUCAUUAUUAUUUUUAAAUAGACCAGGAAACAAAAGCAGAAGAUUCUAGGUUUAGUAAAGUAGGAGACACUCAACUUUGGAUACCACCAUCAAGAUCAGGAUUUUCAAAAGGAGAAGACAUACAUCAGGAGGAAAUUCUUGAAAUUCUCUUUGUCUCUGACCACUCACCGCUCCUCAGGUCCUUCAGAGUCCCAUCAUCUGCUGCCACCAUCGAACUGCAAGAGGACACAUCAUCAGAUUUACCACACAUUUAGACCACAAAGAAGAUGAGUCUGUCACGGAACGGGACGCUGGAGAAGACGGUAUCUGAGAAGGCCCACUCUGAGCUACGCUCCUCCUCCAGAGCAGGGUCAGGGGUUGUGGUGCCGCCACCGUACUCGCUGGGCGGCAGCGAGGCUGCUGAAGUCCCCCUGGAAUUGAGGGGCUCUCUGGACUGCUGGGCAUGCUCUGUGCUGGUCACUGCCCAGAAUCUGAUCAUUGCACUCAUCAACGCUGUGCUGGCCAGCAUCGUAUUCGGCACUAUCCUGACCCCAGCCCUUGCCAUGGUCAUAUUUGGCUUCCUGUGCCACUCCACGGUGCAGCCCCAUGGAACAUCCCUGUAUUGCUCAGACAUGCUGGAUGAUGGCGGCUGUGUGGCUCUGCUGGUUGUGGGUUUUCUGCUGCUAACCCCUCUGCUGGUCCUGGCUCUGGCCGCCUACUGUCGCCUGGCCCGACACCUCCAGCUGGGUAUGUGUUUCAUUCCCUACAGCCGUGCCGUCUACAAGAAUCUGCCUGCCUCACGCCAACGGGGGUCCAGCUCUGGAGGCUGCUGUGGCCAGCAGGGAGCUUCAGAGAGGGAGGGGAAGGGUAGCGUAUGGGUGUAGGAAAGGAGAGGAGAGGAUUGUAUAUGAUUGUAAGAUGUAUCCUUGUUUAAUGACUAGAGUUGGGUUGGAUGAGUUUGGCUCUCUUUUAUUUUAUUUUUUAUUUUUCUAAGUAAAUUGCCAUUGUAUUUCUAUUUCUGCAGCCAUUGUAAAAAUCCAUCAUAUUUCAUUAUUUGUAUUGAUUGUUUGGAAGUCAAUAUUUCCUUUUUAUACCAUUCCACAUGUAUUUUUAUACCUUCUUACAAUAAAGUGUCGCUCACUG